GGGACUUGGCGUUUGAACGUACAGCGGGGAAACGGAACAGUCAAUUGUGUUUUUGUUAGCGAAGUUCUGUCUGAUAGAGACAGUUUAACUCCACUAAAAUGUCUUAUUCCACACAGUAUUAGGGAUUCUUGAUUUCAUUACGAAGGACUGCGCAAUAACUUAACAUCCUUGUUUUGGAGAUCCGUGUGACAGCAAGAUGCCUAUCCGAGCAUAUUGCACAAUUUGCUCCGAUUUCUUCGAUCACUCCAGAGAUGUCGCUGCCAUCCACUGCGGACACACUUUCCACUAUGAAUGCCUUCUCCAGUGGUUUCAGACAGCCCCGACAAAAACCUGUCCACAAUGUAGAAAACAGGUCAGCACCAGACACAUUAUCAGCAAGCUGUUCUUUGACAUUGGUGGAGAGGAGGAGAGCACAGCAGACCCUGAGUGCUUGCAGAAUGAUCUUGAUCGAAUGAAGGCACUUUUAAGCUCUAAAGAGCGAGACUGGCGGGAUAAACAGAAGCUGGUGGACAGUUUGAAGGACACUGUGGACAAGCAGAGGAGAGACCUGGACAAUGUACGGAAAGAGAUUAUGGAAAAGGAGAUGCUCUGUUCUGCCCUCAGAAAACAGAUGACAUACCUGGAGACGCAACAGAAUGAAACUCAGGCUGCCAAGGAGGAAGCCCGGAGACUCAGGACCAAAAUGAAAACCUUUGAAAGCCUGGACAUGUUGUUGCAGGGCCAGAGAGCAGAGGUGGAGUCCAUGAUCACAGAUAUGGGUGUCAGCCAGGCGGCAGUGGAGCAACUCUCAAUCUACUGCAUCUCGCUCAAAAAAGAGUAUGAUAAUCUUAAAGGAAGCCUGAAGUCUUCGAAUGACAUGUGUGAGAAGCUGAAGAGAGAAGUGCUCACCUCAAACAACAAGUUACUCAAAGCCACAGUGGAGGUGAAUCAGACCAAAGAGGACAUGAAGUCCCUGCAGAACGAUCUGGCCAACGCUGACAAAGAGAUCUCUAGUCUGAAGAAGAAAGUGGAGUUUCUUCAGAGGACUCUGAGCACCCCGACACGGACAAAUGAAGCCCUCAGUCGGCUCGUCUUUGAAAGCCCGGCCCCAAUGGAGCUGAAGCAGCCUCGUCUCCACCAGCCUGCAGAUAGCAAGGAUAUUGACCUCAACAUGACUUACGACGUCCCUACGCCAGAGGAUGUGGCCAAGAAGCCAAUGCAGUUCCAAUCCAAGAAGAUGCGGCUUGAUCCAGCAACGUUGUCCAAACACAGCGAGAAAAGUUCAUCUCUAAGCAAGGCUCGAGAUGAGGAUGGAUCCAUGGAUCCUUUUUUGAGGAACUCCCUCCUCUUCAGAAAAAAGACUUUCGGUAGCAUGUUGGACCCUCAGAGGAAGCCCGGAGUUGUGAAAAGUGGUUACGAUGGUUUAGGAGGACGUACUAAAUUCAUCCAACCUUCUCCUUUAUCAGAGAUUCGCCCGCUGAUGAAAGCUAAAAGGAAAAAGGUAACCAGGCCUCAACCCAAGAUUGCAACUUGCCUGACUCUGGACGGCUUCCUCGAGUAAAUGUGGAGCUCUUCUUCCAUGGAUGCGGAGUCUAAGGUCAGAACGCUGUAGCUGUGUGAGGUAGCAUGUUUGUGCUGCUCUGGCACACAGAACCAGCCUGGCAGCGGUUCUGCCGCUCAGCACCAAACAGGACUCUCGGAAUUAACUUUACCUAAAAGUAGUAACUGACCUCCCACUUAACGACGGAUGCUGAGUUUUGGUGACAUCAGCAAACCUGCUGUACAUUUUUUUUUUUUUUUUGUUGACUCUGACUUGUUUGUGGAGACUGUGUCUUGACCAGCCUUUGCGUUGGAGCCUAUUCUUGUUGUCAUGUGCGUGUCUGUAUGCGUGAGACAAACCGACUUAUUUGCGGACCAUUCAAAUGUCAGUGCUCUGUAUUAUGUCACUGAUAAUCACUGAUGCAUCUGUUGGCUAUACCCGUCUUGUGAAACACCUUCAUGUGGAUAUAUACUUUAGGUAUUAUUUUAUUUUUAGCUUCACUGGUCCUGCUAAAUGUAAACCAACUCAAAUAAUAAACAAUAUUUUUUUAUUAA